UGAAACCAGAGGUGCAUAUUUAAAUGCACAAAUGCAGUCUGGAGAGCAAACCAAGAAGCGGCACGGGAGAGAUCCAUCACCCAGCAGGUGUUGAACACAAACAGCUAAACUGGAACUACUGAGAUGUAUAAGGGAAAAUAUCCAAGUAAAAACAGUGCCUCAAGGGGCCAUUUUCAACGUGCAAAAGGCCCAUAUGAACAACAAAGGGUGAAACAGGAUCCCUUGGAAGGGGGCAGCACCUUCAGUGGCCCCCAUUCAUACAGCAGGUCUGCCAGGAGUCGUCCCCAUGAGAAUGAUACUAAAGAUAAGACCCUUCAGCCAGAUGUUUCAGGUGGGCCUUCAAAAGAACGCCACAAUGCAAGCCCUCUAGUCCGGAUGAUCGUGACAGACCUGCAGCCCUUGUCUAUAAUUGAGGGCACUGGAUUUCGGGAGUUUAUGAGAGCACUGAAUCCUAGCCAUAGUAUUCCAAAAGGAAUAUCUACUUUACGUUCAGAACUCCUACAGCUGUAUGAAUCAGUAAAAAAAGAGGUGAAAGCAUCCCUCUACUCUGUGCACGAUGUUGUCCUGACAUCAGCGACAUGGACAAGAGGAACAAAGUCCUAUCAGACAGUGAGCUGCCAUUUCAUCAGCCACAACUGGGAGCUGAAAUCCUACGUGCUGGAAACAAAAGUCUUAACUGAUAGAAAUACAGGGAUUGAAAUUGUCAACCAACUGCAGACAAUUUCAAAAGAGUGGGAAAUUACAGAAAAGGUCCAUGCUGUGGUUAUGAAUGGGCCUAAUGUAUUACGGGCUAGGUCAGGUUGGACAUACUUUCCAUGUUUUGCACAUACUUUGGACCUUGUGUUCAAGGAUGUGUUGAAGGGCGACCCGGCCUAUGAAGCACUUCUGGAGAAGUGUCGACAAGUCGUGCAGUUUCUCCACUGCAAUGCCACAGGCAAGCUAAAGGAUUCACUGCCUCCGUAUGAGCUAAUGCUAUCCGAGGAAACCAGGUGGAAUUCUACAUUCUACAUGCUGGAGAAGCUCUCGCAGCAACACAAUGCUAUCAACAAUAUGCUCUCCCACAGUGGUGAGAAAUCUCUCCGUCUAAAUGAUCAUGAAUUGUCAAAAAUUCGCAACAUUGUGUCUGCUCUUCAACUUUUCGAAGAAGCGGUAAAUGAUAUGUCACAACAGAAGUACGUCUCCGUUUCCUGGAUUAUUCCUGUGGCGAAACUCCUAAAGGAAACACUGGGAAUGCUGGCACGGAAUGGGAACAAAGUAGCCGAACAGCUGGCAGAAAAUUUUGCAAAACGAGUUACAGAUAUAGAAGAUAACUAUAAACUGGCAGCUAGCACAGCUUUGGAUGCAAGAUUUAAAGUCACCCUUCAGUCUGCUGAUGGUAGUACAGACCAGAAUAAAAUAAAACUAUUGCUCAAUGAAAUACUCAAUCCCGGCAAGGCAGGCCAAUCAGCACGCGCUAAUCUCGUCUCUCCAAGCAAUUGCCCUGUUAGAUUGUGGAAACUGCCUGAGUGUGAAGAAGAAUUACGCAGAUACGCCACCAAAAAGAAAAUUCCAAGGGAAGGGAACCCACUGUCCUGGUGGAAGGUCAACGGUGAGGAAUUCCCAAUUCUCCAGAGAGCGGCUGGCAGGUACCUUGGGAUCGUCUCCACGUGCGCCCCCACCGUGCGAGCUUUCUCCAGGGCUGGCGAGGUCUACAGUCUUCAGCGGCUUCGCCUAGAGCUGGAGACCAUCAGCGUGAUGCUGUUCCUUAACGGAAACUAUAUUUUCUCCAAAAGCAAUUGAUUAGAUCAUAGAUGUAUUUGUAAAAUGUAUUUCCCAUUAUGGAAUCCACGCAACCCUAGUCACUAAGCUCUGCAAAUCCAUUUUAUUUCAAGUGAUGUGAGAGUCAGACAGGCCAAGGCACACCUAUUGCAUCAUCGGAUUUAAUUGAUGACCAAGUGAUUUACAUGAUUGUCUCAUUUUAGCAAAGAUUUUGUGUUUUUAAUUUUCGUAGUUUUACAGGAUACUUGUAUCUUUAGUGUAUCUUUGCCGUGGUUCAGAUACUUCCAGUGUGAAGUAACUGGUAGUUUGUACAAUACAAUAUAUCCUGCAUUUAAAAAUGUAUUAUGGUUAAUUGUUCAUGGAAAAAAGAUCUGAAUGCAUUGUUUCAUUAAUUAAAUCAUACAUUAAUUCAUGUUUUUAAUUCAUUAAUUAUUGCUUCCAUUCUAGUCUCACAGAAUAUUUGUCGUAACUUAAUAGAUUUUUUUCAUUUUCAUCUGGUUGUGAGUUAUACAUGUUGAUAAAGGUUGAUACAGUUUGCUCUGCCUAUCAACAAAUUCGGCGAUUUAAUUGAUAAUUUAUAU